AUGGACACUAUCUGGAUAUACGGUUUUAUCCUUAUUCUAAUCGCCCUUUGGUCUCUCUUUGAGGGUCAUUUCCCGGGACUUAGAAAUCGCAAGCUUCCGCCUGGGCCCUCCUGUCUCCCAAUAAUAGGCAAUUUACAUCAGAUUCCAAUAACCGGAGCGCAUUUGAAGUUUACAGAGUGGGCUGCAAAAUAUGGCCCUAUUUUCUCGCUCAAGAUUGGACCAGGGACGGCUGUUGUACUCAACUCUCCUUAUAUGAUCAAACAGUUGAUAGAUAAACAGUCUGCCAUAUACAGCGAAAGACCCAAGUUUUAUAUCGCUGACCAUCUUGUUAUGCAUGGCGACCAUCUCAUGUUCAUGGGCCCGGAUGCUCGAUGGCGACGCGGGCGAAGACUUUACCAUCAAUAUUUCAAUGAAACGGUCUGUGAGAGGAAACACAUCUUCCUCCAAAAUGCCGAAGCAGUCCAGUUACUGCGAGACCUCUAUGUUCAACCUGGCGGCUUUAUGGAUCAUUGCAAACGGUUCACGAACAGCACUACUAUGAGCCUUGUUACUGGCAUUCGAACGCCAGCAGCUUCUGCCCCGCAUAUGCGCCACCUGUAUGCCGUAUUAGACGGUCUCUCGGAAAUUUUUGAGCCAGGUGCUACGCCACCAAUUGAUAUUUUCCCCUUCCUUGCAUGGCUCCCAGAGUCGUUCUUUAACAACUGGAAGUCACGGGCGCGAGAAGUUGCCGAAACUAUGGACAAGGUAUAUGGCCCUCUUGUUGACCGCGUCCUGAAGCGCCGUGAGUCAGGCUCAGAAUCUCAUGAGAGCUACCUAGAUAUGGUUUUGGACCAACAAGAAAAGCUCCGGCUCACUAGGCAUGAAAUUGACUUGAUGGUUGGCAACCUUCUCGAAGGAGGCUCUGACACAACAUCCAUCAUGACUAUUGCCUUUAUCCAGGCCAUGGCAUUAUAUCCUGACGUUCAAAAGGAAGCGCAAAAAGAGAUUGAUGAAAAAAUCGGUGAAGACCGGUCCCCAGAAUGGAGCGACUAUGCGAAUCUACCAUACGUGGCGAUGGUUAUCAAAGAGACGAUGAGAUGGCGCCCGGUUCUGCCAACGGCUUUUCCACACGCUACCAGUAAAGAAACCGUGAUCGACGGGAUGACAAUCCCCGCUGGCUCGACCGUUAUACCCAACAUAUGGGGAUUGCACCAUGACAGCCGCAAGCAUGCCAAUCCAGACCAAUUUAACCCACUGAGGUAUAAGGGGCGUGUUGAUCUCGCACCGACAUACGCCUCCUCUCCGGAUUAUGAAAACCGCGAUCACUACGCGUAUGGGUCCGGUCGGCGCAUUUGUCCUGGUAUUCACUUGGCUGAAAGAGGACUUUUCCUUGCAGUGGCGAAGAUUCUCUGGGCCUUUGAUAUUUCUCCUAUGAGUGAUGCCCAAGGUCGACCGCUUCCUAUCAACACCGACCCUGCCACUGGCUAUACAGAUGGUUUCCUGCGCUGUGCAAAGCCAUUCCCUGUGAAGAUCUGCCUCCGCUCUGACCGCCAUCGGGAAACGAUUGACGCAGAGUUUGCAUGUGCAGAAAGAGACAUCUUCAGUAAAUAUGACGUAUAG